CACGGUGACAGUUUUAUCGUAGAUGACAGCUUUAGAAAAUGGGUCGGUGAUCGGAGGAAAUUUCUGUUCCGGACAAAUAGAAAUAGAGUUAGGGAGCAAGAACACGUCCUCAAAAAUACGAAGGAGAAUGGAGAAAAAGAGCGAGACCCAGCAGGAGAAGAAACUGUGCAAGAGGUGCAAUCAGAGCUACACUCCUUCAUCUAACACCCCUUCCUCAUGCCGCUUCCACCCUUCUUUCUUUGUCUGUCGCCGCCAUGACGACCAAAAAAGGUACUAUGAAUUGGGACCGAAUGAUCCGCCAUAUGCUGCCAAGUUCUAUGACUGUUGUGGGGCUGAGGACCCUCAGGCAUCUGGCUGCACCACCAGUUUCCAUGUUUCAUAUGAUGAUGAUUGAUGAAAUCUCUCUCUUCUGUAUUACCCAAAUCUGUGACUGUUGAAUAAAUUUGUAGAUAUUUCUCCA